UUGACUGACGGGCCUCCCCGGUCGUCAGGGCGGUAAGCCGGUCGUCGGCUGCAGUGCGGCCGUGAGGAUCGGCAGGAUGAGGGACCCAGUGGGGUUUCUGCGGCGGCAGCAGGAAGCAGACAGCGGGGAUGCGGCCGAGCGCUGGCAGAGGAUGGAGACCUUUUACAACCGGAGGCUCUGGCAUCAACUCACAGUGGAGCUGCUGGAAUUCACACUGAUUCCCUGUUUCCCAUCUGGGGACAAUCUCUUACAGUUGUAUGAAAACUUCAUAAGUGAUUUUGAGCACAGAAUAAACCCUCUAUCCCUGGUGGAAAUUAUUCUGCGUGUGGUUCAACAGAUGAAUGAUGCACAAAUGGCAUUGUCUCUCUUGGAGAAAACUUGGGAGAAGGUAAAAGGUAAUGAUGAAGCCUUAAUUCUCUGCAAGACAGCCAUAGCUGCCAUAAAAAUCAAAAUCGGGGACCUCCAGGAAACCAAGGACAUCAUUGAAGAAAUUGACAAGAUGCUGGAGAAGAUGCCAGGGGUGACGUCAGUACACGGCCGCUUCUAUGACACUUCCUGCAGUUACUACCAGGUGGUGGGUGACCACGCGGCCUACUACAGGGAGGCUCUGCGGUAUCUCGGCUGUACCGAACUCUCUGACUUGUCAAUGGGCUCACAACAGCAGAGAGCAUUCACCCUCGGCCUGGCUGCCCUACUGGGGGAAGGCAUCUACAACUUUGGUGAACUGUUAAUGCACCCGAUCCUGGAAUCGCUGCGCGAUACGGAGAACCAGUGGUUGAUUGACACUCUAUACGCUUUCAACAGUGGGGAUGUGGAGACUUUCUUCUGCCUGAAGACCUUCUGGGGAUCUCAGUCAGACCUGGCCAAUAAUGAACAACGACUGAAGGAGAAACUCCAACUGCUCUGCCUAAUGGAGAUGGUGUUUACAAGACCAGCCAAUCAUCGGAAGAUGACAUUCCAGGAGAUAGCACAUCAGGCUAAGGUGCCUAUCAAUGAGGUGGAAAUGUUGGUGAUGAGAGCUCUGUCCGCUGGCCUGGUGAAAGGUAGCAUCGAUGAGGUGGACCACAAAGUCCACAUGACCUGGGUUCAGCCACGAGUAAUGGAUCUGCAACAGGUGUCCUAUAUGAAGCAACGACUGGAAGCCUGGUGCACUGAUGUGAAGAACAUUUCCUUUUUAGUUGAAGAUCAUGCACAUGAUGUUCUUGGCUGAAACCCUGCUGCAGUUUCCUAUGAUGUUGUGUUUGUUCAUGCAGAGUUUAAAAAGAAGCAUUCCCACAGUUCAUGUUCAUGUUUGCUGAGAAAACAAGUUAAUUUGUGUUAUUUCGCUGUGAAAUUUAAUAAAGAUACAGUUCUAUCUGCAUAUGGGACAUGGGUAGUGUUAAUU